AUGGUCGCUUCUACUUCUGAUUCUCUCAGCCCUACUAAUGGCACAGCAGUAGGUGUUGACUCGAAUUCUUCUGGUAUUCACAUGGGCGGUCCAAAUGAUGGAAAUGUCAUAGUUGUCCAUUCCGCUUCCGGAAGUCAUUUGGAACAAUUUCGUAUGAAUAGGAACUCUAGUAAUGGUCUACAUAUGCUCAGUCCUGUUGAAAGGAAUAGGAGAGCUUCGUCACGAGCAAUGGUCAAAAUAGAAGAUUCUGGCGUUGAUGUUGAUGUUAUUGUUGAUGGUCUUUCCGAAGACGUUCAUCAGGUAGUUGAUGCGGAUGAUCUACUCCACGCCGGUCCCCACACCUUUAUCAUGCCCUCUUCAAAUGAACAGGUCGUUAUUGAGGAGGGCGUAGAAGUUCCACUUGACGAUUGUGAGGACGCUGAAGCAGCUGCUGUGGCGGCUGCCGAGGUCGCUGCCGCUGAUGCUGCUGACAACGAUCUUGUUUAUUCGCAUCCCGAAGAGCCUGAUUCAGACUCUAUCCAUCACCGUAUGUUAACAGCAACUGAAGAUUUUCCAGAUACCCCUCUACAGAAUGACCAAGCAGAUGAGCGAUCUGACCACGAACUAUCUGAUCAAGCUCAAUUAUCUCGUGUUCAAGACGAUACCGACGGUACGGAGGAUGAAGGCAGACGUGACGGGGGAACAGAUGAAGUAACUAUAGGCCAAGCAACUGGUUCUCCAGAUUCCGAUUGCAACACUAUACGCUUUGUAGGCCGGAAACUCCCUUCGUCAUUCAUUAGUCGCCUGGACCCACAUACUCGGGUCGUAGGUGUGAACAGAAGUCGUAUAAGUUCCUUAAAUGGCGUUUAUUCUAUUGAUCAUAAAGGCCUUGUAAUAAAAAAUGAAAAUAUCCUUUCAGAUCACGAUUUAUCAGUUGAAGAUGGUGGACUUGUGGCCGGUUUUUCAUAA